AUGAGCAGCAAUUAUAAUAGAAAUAGAAAUCAGUUGCAUCAAAAUAGAAUACAAACAAUCAAUCAAUUGAAUAGUAUUCGAAACAGCAGAGAGGAUAGUCCGCCAACUCCAUCACCGUCCUAUUCAUCUUCAAGACCAACGGCACCGUCUCAGUCCACUUCCUUGUCGUCAUCGUCGUCGACCAAUAUUAGAUCAAGUGGAGGGUUGAGUGGCGGUGUACAUGCUUUGGGAGGAUCAUCAGGUAGUCUCCCACCACUUCCAACAUCGACCAAUACAUCAUCACCAAGAAUCUCGGCGGGUGGUAGAACAUCACGAGAGAAUGUAGAAGAGUAUGAUGUGGGCGACGUUCAUGUGCGAACCACUAGGAGAUCGACACCCAAUGGGUACACGCAGUCUGUUGAAAGAACGUCAAAUGAUGGAAACACACAGUCUUCCUACACGACUCAAGUGACUAGUUUCAGCAGCAGCAGCACCACUUCGCAAAGUCCAGCCGGUGGAAGAGGUGGUGGUACUCCUCGUAUGAGCAACAGUCCGUCGACCCGAGUAGCCGGGUUGAGCCCGAGCACUCACUAUCGUCCACAAUUCCAAGUGUCACAAUCAACCAAUUUGAAUCGACCCGGAUCGUUUAUGGACUCUAAUUUUAGAAACUACUACGAUCAUCCUGCUCUCAAUCCAUACUACCGAUCACCGAUUGGUGAGCUGUCUAGUAUCAACGGACAGAGAAGAACAUACACUGAAGACAUACCAGACGGAAAUAUGGAGCAAGAAGAGGACGAUGAAGAAGAGGACGAGUUUGAGGAUAUGGACGACACGGUCGACCAAUCACUCAAUGCCGCCAGAAAUAGACAACAAGCACAGAUCAUCCCGAGUUAUAUGAAUUUUGGUAUUGAUGAUGACGGUAUGAAUGAAGACGAACAACUUCGAGAAGCUAUUAGAAGAUCUCAAGAACAAUCGUUACCCCAACAACCAGCACCACCAAAGAAAAUGAAUAAUAAUAGUUCAUUUGAUAUGGACCAAGAAGAUUUGGAACUGCAAAGAGCACUCACUGAAUCAAUGAGAGAGUUUCAAGAGAAAACAUCCACCUCUUCCACAACACCUCUUUCCUCUUCAUCAUCAUCAGUUCCUAAAAAGAAGGUUAAUGUUAGACAAGACCUUAAUGAAUAUUAUAGUGGAACUUCUAGACAACAUCAACAUCAAAAACAACAACAACAACAACAACAACAAAAUAACAUCAAUAAUAAUAAUGGAAAUGAUGAAUCUGAAAAUGAACAUACAUUGGAAGCAAUGUAUAAUGAUCCAGAACUCAGACAUCUUCUUAGUCCUGCUGAACAACAACGCUUGGCAAGAAAACGUUUGAUUGAUGAUGCUCGAAAGAUUAGAGAAUCACAAGAAAGUGAAUUCAACGAAUCACUUCGUAGAGACACUGAAAAGCGUGAAGAAGAGGAAAAGAAAAGGGUAGAGGAAGAAAAGAAAAAGGCAGAACAAGAAGAAAAGAAACUUCUUCAAGAUGCACUCAAACUAUCGAUCCAUCUGGAAAAACAAAGUAGAAUAGAGGAAAUUAAAAAACGAUUGACCGUUGACCCAUCCACUAUGCCUGCUGAAGAGAUUAAAGGAAGAGAAAAAGAGAUUUGUGAAAUUAGUGUCAAUUUACCACCAGAUGGAAAACGUAUUACCCGUAAAUUCUUUACUUCCAAUACACUCCAAAAUAUUAGAGAUUGGAUUGAUAUCUAUCUUGAUGAAACAUUUAAUAUUGUUUCAGAAGAUAUUCAUCAAAAAAAAGAUGAAGAAAAACAAGAUGAAGAAAUGAAACAAGUAGAGGAAAAAGAAAAAGUGGAAGUGGAAGAAGGAGAAGAUAAAAGAGAGAAAAGAUAUAUUUCAAGAGAUUAUCAAUUGUUGACAACCUAUCCAAAACAAGUUUUAUCAGAUAAUCAAAAAUCAUUACUUGAUUUACAAUUGUAUCCAAGAUGUCUAUUACAAUUAAAUAAUCCAUAG